ACAAUGAAGUGCUCGUACACCAUCAAGGGAUCGUGAUGUUCGGGGUCGAUGCUGGAGGAGAUCGGGGGAGGGUCGAAGGAGAUGUGAUAUCAGCGUUGUUGCGGUUCAACGUUUACACUGCUCUCCCUAAGACAACAAAGUCUUCGGUUGAGAUAUGCUGGCUGAGGUUGUCGUUUUGUCUUGUCCUGUGACUUCAAGUGCCCUUGAAGCCAUUGAUUGUAGUGGGCAACAGGCACAUGAGGCAAUUGAAUGCGUCACCAUUGCUUUACAAUUCUUUGUCGAAUCUGUAAACCUUCCACUAAGGUAUCCAUCAUCCUCAGUCUCUAGCGAUCAUGCAAGUCAUUUGAGCGGCACAACGAUGACAAUAUCAAGUGACAAGUCAAAAAGAGAAGGAACUCCAGGAAGAAAAAUCGUCUUCGAUCCAAAAGCAAAGAUACCUGCAGAACAUCCGCGGACAGUCACGCUCAGCAUCAAGCAAACCGCAUCACCAAGUCCGAAGUCCGAAGUGGUCGAAUCAUGCACGGAUAUCCGAAUGGGAUAACCUAAAAAUCAGCCCACAGGGGCGUUCCUGGCCCUCUGCAAAGGGGGUGACUUCGUGCCGAUUCAUGCACAUUUGUCGCUUUUUGCGUCCUCCAGUUAUCGUCCUUAGCGGCCCUCCUCUGCGAUGGACUCCCCAAUCGUUCGCGUGAUGGCCGGCAGGGCCACAGGACGACAAGGGAACCCUGGAGACACGCUAAGAGUUCCCUUUCCGU